AUUACAAGCAAACCGAAGCUCCCGCUAAAACUAGCGGAAGAGAAUUGAGCUUGACCCAAUCUUCCAGUGUCUUUCUCCCUUCAAAAAUUUAUACCGUCCCAUCUCUCUUUCCUGCGGGGUUUUACACAGACCUCCACGGCCUUCUCACUCGCCGCGUUCUCGCGCGGCCCGUGAUAAAUCAUUAUUUCUGUUUCUGAUAUCCAAUUAGCCACAACCCUGAAUAAGAUUGUUUUCCGAAAAACAGAAAUAACAUAGAGAGUUUCCAAUACAUCUCAAAACAAUGGAAACAAGUUCGAGCAUGAAGAUCCCGUGGAGCUUGUUGAUUCUAUUGUUUUUGGGGGUGUUUGCUUCUAGGAUAGAAGUUAGUUACGGUCAAGCAGACGGCGGCGAUGACGGAGGGGACGGCGACAAGCCAGCCCCUCCGCCGGAGCAAGAUGACUGCGAUGGCAUCUUCUUGACCUACACGUUCAUCUCGCGCGAGAAAGAAUAUCCGCACAAGAAGAACGUGUCGGCACAGGCCUGGGCGUUCAAGUCGGAGGCCAGCAUCUUGAACGCCGGGUCCUCGGAGCUCAAGGCGUGGAAGAUGUACAUAGGGUUUCAGCAUCGAGAGAUAUUGGUGUCGGCAGACGGGGCUGUGAUGGUGGACGGUGGUGAUUUCCCUGCCUCCGUUGGGAAAAACGGGACUUACUUUCAAGGAAACCCUCAAACCAACUUGAAGAACUCCAUCGAUACGGCCGGGGAUGUCAAUCAGAUUCAGGCAAGGAUUAAAUUGAAGGGAACCCAGUUCGGCCUCCCGGCCAAGGCAAUACCCAUGCCCAAGACCAUUCGCCUCGUCAACGAUGGAUAUAAGUGCCCUGCACCUCGUAUACGAGGGAAGUCAAGCAUGUUCGUUUGUUGUCAACCAGACCCAAAGUUCAAGUUGAAAGACGAAAAAGGCACCAAAUUCCUGCCUAAACAGAAUGGUGAUCUCUCCUUCAUAUACGAUGUAAUGGAUUCCUAUUCAAACAACUAUCUGGCCCAAGUCACCAUCGACAACCUGCACCCACUCGGCCGUCUUGACCACUGGAAUUUGACUUGGGAAUGGCAGAAGAAUGAGUUCAUUCAGACAAUGAGAGGGGCCUAUACUCACAAGAGGGACCCAUCCGAGUGCCUCUACGGCCAGGCUGGAAAGAUUUACAAGGACAUGGACUUCUCUAAGGUCAUGAAUUGUGAAAAGAAGCCUACCAUCACCGACCUCCCACCGACUAUGAAGGAUGACGAGAAGGUCGGAAAGCUGCCCAAGUGCUGUAGAAACGGAACCAUCUUGCCGACAAUCAUGAACGAGACCCAAUCACAGGCAAUGUUCCAGCUCCAAGUCUUCAAGCUUCCGCCUGAUGACAAUAGAACCUCUCUCACUCCACCCCAGAAGUGGAGCAUUUAUGGGCCGGUGAACCCUAAUUACGUAUGUGGACCUCCAAUCAGAAUCGAACCAACUCAGUUUCCUGACCCGAGCGGGCUUCAGUCUACAACUUCUGCAAUUGCAAGUUGGCAAGUGGUUUGCAACAUAACCAAGCCAAAGGUGCCUCGUUGCUGCGUGUCAUUUUCAGCCUACUUCAGCGAGUCGGUGGUGCCAUGCAACACUUGCGCCUGUGGCUGCCAGGAAAGUAAGCUACCUCACUGCGACGUAAAAGCCAAAGCAAUGCCUCUACCGGGAGAAGCAUUGCUUGUGCCUUUUGCCAACAGAACUGAAAAGGCGAAAGCUUGGGCCAAAAUCAAACACAUGGACAUACCCAAAAAGCUUCCAUGCGGAGACAACUGUGGAGUUAGUCUCAAUUGGCACAUUGACUCGGACUACCAGAGUGGAUGGACUGCUCGUCUAACUCUCUUUAACUGGGGGAAUGAACCAUUUCAAGAUUGGUUCACGGCAGUAGAAAUGAACAAGGCUUUUGAAGACUAUGAAAAUGUGUACUCAUUCAAUGGGACGAAAAUGGACAAGGUCAAAAACACCAUCUUGUUUCAGGGUCUGAAAGGUUUGAACUACUUGAUAGAAAUGAAAAAUGCGACCAAUAAUAACGACCCUCGGGUACCUGGAAAGCAGCAGUCGGUUAUUUCUUUUAAGAAGACACACUUUCAUGAUAUUAAUAUAAAGGGGGGUCAAGGUUUCCCAUCAAAAGUUCUGUUCAAUGGAGAGGAGUGCUCACUUCCUAGGGAAUUCCCCAAGAGCGGCGCAGAGCAUCAGGCCCGUAGUAAUAUCCUCCUCAUCUUGUUCGUUGUAAUUGCGAGUUUUGUGUUCAUGACAGACCGCUUCCACUGAUGGAUGAUCGGCAAAGGUUGUUGAUUCUGAUACCAUCAUCGGUGUCCUAUCUCUGCUGCAACAGGAACGAUGUUUAUGCAGUCAGGCACAAAAAGAAUCAUACGUGAGUGAUGCUUGCUAGCUACCAAGUCGAGUCCCAUAUGCCGACGAGGAGAUUGUAACUAGUGAAAACAGACGCUAUGAAAAAUUUGUACAAAAUUUUAGUUACUUGCAGUGAUUAUAUAACUCAUGAGGAUGGAUUCA